CUCUUUCCUACAACAGUGGGUUUACAGGGGAGGUUUUCUCCAAGCCCAAGCUGACUGCUGGUAUUAUCCUUGGCUCUGGCUCUGGAUCAGUUUUCUUCUUUUUUUUUAAUCUCUCUGUAGUCUUUCCUUGGUUUGGUUUGGACAUUGGAGGGACCUUGGUCAAACUCGUUUAUUUUGAACCAAAGGAUAUCACCGCUGAAGAAGAAGAGGAAGAAGUGGAAAAUCUCAAAAGCAUCCGCAAAUACCUGACCUCAAAUGUGGCCUAUGGAUCCACAGGCAUUCGAGACGUGCACCUUGAGCUCAAGGACCUUACCCUGUGUGGACGUAAAGGCAAUCUGCACUUUAUACGCUUUCCUACUCAUGACAUGCCUGCUUUUAUUCAAAUGGGAAGCGAAAAACACUUCUCAAGCCUCCAUACUACCUUAUGUGCCACGGGAGGUGGAGCGUACAAAUUUGAGCAGGACUUUCGCACAAUGGGUGACCUCCAGCUUUGUAAGCUAGAUGAACUCGAUUGCCUUAUUAAAGGAGUUCUGUACAUCGAUUCCGUUGGAUUCAAUGGACAUUCAGAGUGCUACUAUUUUGAAAACCCCACGGAUGCUGAAAGAUGUCAGAAGCUGCCAUUCAACCUGGAGAAUCCCUAUCCCCUCCUGUUGGUGAACAUCGGCUCAGGGGUCAGCAUUUUGGCUGUGUAUUCAAAAGACAACUAUAAACGGGUAACGGGCACCAG